UCCAGUCUACAAAUAAAUACAAAUGUCACAACAUUAGAUGUACCUAACCUGUCCAAGAAAACAUCUAUCCAAAAAUCAUUUAAAGUUUAUUUUAGUUAAUUGUUUAUAAAUAAAAAAAAACUAUGUUGUUUUCAAGAAGUUUUUGUACAAGUAUAAUAAGAAAAUCACCAGUUAAAUUAAGUUAUACAUUGUAUGACAAUAAUGUGGUACCAAAUAAAUCACCAAUUGUGAUAAUGCAUGGACUAUUUGGAUCAAAGAAUAAUUGGAAUACUUUAUCAAAGGCAUUGAAUCAACAAACUCAAAGAAAAAUCAUUGCAAUUGAUGCUAGAAAUCAUGGCAGUUCACCUCAUACACCAGUGAUGACAUAUGGAUCAAUGGCUAGUGAUGUCAAUGAGCUGUUAAAUGAUCUUGGACAUGAUAAAUCAAUUUUAAUUGGACACAGUAUGGGUGGUGCUGCAAUGAUGUAUACAGCUUUACGUUAUCCUACAGUUGUUGAUAAAUUAAUUGUCGUUGAUAUGUCACCAAUAAAAACAAGUCCAAGUCUUCAUCAAAUGACUGAUAUUAUUAAUUCCAUGACUGCUGCUGAUUUUAGUAAUAUUAAAAAUAUUUCAGAAGCAAGAAAAAAAAUUGAUAUCUACUUGGCUAAGACAAUUGAUUCACCAGGAAUUAGACAAUUUUUAGUAACAAAUAUCAUUGAAGAUAAUGGAGUCUUCAAGUGGAGAGUUAAUCUUCCAGUUAUAUCUCAAUAUUUCUCAACUCAUAUUGCACAAUUUCCAACUGAAAUUAUCAACAACAAACAUGAAUUGUCAAGUAGUUUUGAUGGAAAAACACUGUUCAUUGGUGGAUCUAAAAGUGAUUACAUACGAAUUGAAGAUCAUGAAAAAAUUAAUAAAUUAUUCACCAACUGUAGAAUUGAAUAUGUCGAAGGAGCUGGCCACUGGGUUCAAUCUGAUAAUCCAGCUAAAUUCCUAGAACUUUCUAAUGAAUUUAUCAAUGAAACUUAGCUCAACAAAAAAAAUGUAAUAAUAAUUUAAAUAAAUUUUAGAUACCACAAGUAAAUGAAGUACCAAUAAAACCUUUUA